GUGUCCCCCAGUUCUCUUUACAUAAAGGAAGAAUGGGGGGAUUGCACAUAUUGGGCAAACGAAAGUGGUCGUUUCAAUCUGUCAAACCUUGCAGAUGGGACUUGCUUAGUGGUGAUGGGGCAAAGUAAAAACAGUGUCAUAACAUCAGAAACUGGAAAUUGCCUGUCUUAUGCAGCACCUGCAGACACAGGCAAAUCAAGAUUACCAUUCAAGCCUUUCUUCAGGAGAGGAAAAUCAAAUUCAGCAUCAACUUUUGGUUGCAAGAUUAUCCUUGCAAAAAAGAAUGGCAAGAGUUUCACUGAGUUAAAUCAGACAUACAUAAAUGUUAGUGAAGACAGUGCCAAUGUGGAAGACAUAACAAGAAAAGUGCAAGAGAAGUGGGGUAACGUGGUACUGGUAGCUGGUAAUGGUCUUCCCAUUCAGGAUGAGGAGGGAACUAGGGGUAAGGGGUUUAUUAAAGUUAUCUUUCAGCAACAUAUUAGUAGGCCAGGCUGUGAGGUACUAGUAAAUUACUAUUACUGUAUACAGUACCUAGUUGUUGGAUUCAUUGCCUUUUACCAGGCAGAUAAUCCAAUAAUAUAUGUUCUUAUGAAAGUAGCAAGGAUAAAUCCCUGACCUGGUGGCCAUUAAUUUGACUGCCCUGCUACUAAUUUAUUAUAACAUGAGUAUUUUGCGUUGAAGACCUGUGGUGAAAGAAUUUGCCACAAAAUUAAUAAGAAAAAACAUAACAGAAAAACUUCAUUGGUGAUAAAUUUAUGUGGCUGAACCUUUUAUUUGAGAUUGAAAUAAGACUUGUUCCAAUGUUGAUCAUAACCCACACAGUCAGGAAGAUACUGUAAAUACCAUCAAUUGAAGGUACAGUAGCUGGUUUCUAGAGUGUUAACUCUAGAACAAAAAUGUUGGGUAUCUGCUGAGAUGCCUUUUUUAAAUAAAUGCUGCAAAAUCGAGUGCGGAUAGUUAGUCUCAGGACUGUACAGCAGUACAACACAUUAAAACAUUUUAAUUUCCUUUGUUUUCCACUUAUGCAAACCUGCUUCAGGAAGACUGACUUAUGAGCUAAAAUGUUUUAAAGGUGCAUUUUUUUAAACUGCUAAUGAUUAACUUGUUUAAAGGACUAGUAAAUGUAGAUCUGAUCACACUUUGUCCAGCCUAAGUGGACAUUGUUGCACCCUGAGAACGGUCUAAAACACUGCCAACCUUAAAGUUUAGCCAUGUACACUAAAAUAUUUACAAAGUUAACAGAAAUACCAAGACAUAGAAUCAUGACAUGCAUAAAGUUUCAGGGCAGUAUCGGAGGGCUCAGAUUACCAGGUUAUAAAAUAACAAUGUAACAAUAUAUGAACUUGACAAAAUAGGCAUAAUAAAAUUAAAUACAAUGACAAGUUUACGUUUAACGGCAAUUGAAAGUCAUCAUUGUGUAACUUGUGUAAAUAGUUUAUGUAACUUAUGUACGUAAUUUUUUUCAUUUUAAAACAGGAUCAAAAUUCUGGAAGUGCCCAAGUAGAAGAAUUUUUGCCAUAAAAGACAAAAAGAAACUGCAAAAGCAAAAGCAUCCAAGAGAUACCAUGAGAGUGAACCUAGCUCUGAAGAAGAAUUUGGAAGAGAGAAGUGUGCUCCUAAAAAGAAAAAAGCUGACAAAUUUGUUAAACAAGAAGUGAAAGAGAUAAACGAAGAAACCAGUAUGCUGAGGGAAGAGCUACAAAACAACAGUUCCACUUUGGAUGAAUGUAAAACUAUGCUACAAGAGCUGAUAGUGGUCAACAAGUUUCUACCUCUACCCCCCUGUUUAAUUAAGUUAGUUUCUGAUGCGUUUAAGUGCAAAAUAUGUCUUAGGGCACCAAUGACUCCCCCUGUCAUUGCAACAAGAUGUUGCAAUGUACUCAUUGGCUGCAGCAUAUGCACCAAUGAGUGGUUUUCUGGAGAUGGGGGGCUGGAUAAGAGUUGCCCAAAUUGUAGAGAGCCAAGGGGUUAUGCACAAACUUUUCAGUUCAAGGGUAUCGACGAUUUUUUGAAGGGAUUUAAAAAACUUAUGGCA